AUGGAUUCAAAUAUUUCAAUACCAUUAAUUAAAACUCCAUCAAAAUUAUUACAAUUAAAUAAAAAUUCAUUAAUUAAUCAAACUCCUCCAGAAUCUAUUUUACAUGAAAAUAAUAAUAAUAAUAAUAAUAACUCAGUCAAUAAUGAGAGAGAUAUACAAAUAUUUGAUGUGUUUGCAACUCCGUUUAAGGAUAUACAUUUGGAUCCAACUAUAAUUUCAAAUUUAGAUCAACAUAAUUUUGUAGUAAAAUCAAGUUAUUUAUCACCAGCUUUAUCAUCACCUCACAAUCAUUAUCAAAUGCAACAACAACAACAACAGCAGCAACAACAACAACAGCAACAUGAAGAAAAAGAGAAUCAAUUUCAACCUCUAGCUUCACCAACUACAAAAUCACAAUCAAAACAACAAGUAAAUUCAUCACCAAUAAAGAAAAAAAAAUCUAAAUCUCCAGUUACUUCUUCAUCAACUACAUCAACAUCCACAUCUUUUAGUUUAUACUCAGAAGAAAAACCACCUUAUUCAUAUGCAACAUUAAUUGGAAUAUCAAUAUUGUCACAUCCAAAUAAAAGAUUAACUUUAUCUCAUAUUUAUCAAUGGAUAUCAGAUACUUUUAAAUUUUAUAGAAAAGAAGAUGUUGGUUGGCAAAAUUCUAUAAGACAUAAUUUAUCAUUAAAUAAAGCUUUUAUAAAAGGUGAAAAAUCAAAAGAUGGGAAAGGUCAUUUUUGGUGUAUAAAACCAGGAUUUGAAGAACAAUUUUUAAAAAGUAGAAGUGUUAAAAAAUCUUCUUAUCAUGAAGUUAUGGAUCAAAUUAAUCAAGCUACUAAAAUGAAUGAAGCCGCCGCUAAAGCAGCUGCAGAAGAAGAAUCAGCUGCUAAAAAAAUUAAUGAAGAAAUAGAAUUAAAAGAAGUGGUUGAAUCAGCAGCUCCAAGAGAAGAAAUAAAGGAAAAAGAACCAGCUCCAAAAGUUAAAAAACUUAAAAUUACAUUAAAACCAAAAGAAACAGAGAAAAAAAGUGAAGAAAAUGAAGAGAAAAUUCAAAUUGAACCAACUACUAUUGAAAAAUCAGUAUUAUUAUCAUCACCUACAUAUACUUCAACUAAAAGAAAAAGAGAUGAUGAUUUCCCAUCAGAAACAAGUUAUCAAUAUGAAGAAGAAGAUAUCACAAUAUUGGAUCCGCCAGUUAAAAGAUUUAAAUCUUUGAAACCAGAAGAAGAUGAAGAAGAUGAUGAGUUUUUACAGAUACCUUGGAGAGUAUUAAAUUCACCAGAUCCUCAAAUUAAAUUACCACCAAUCGCUAAUUUAAAUUCAACUCCAAAAACAUCAAUAAGUUCAUCUAGUUCUUCUUCAUUAUCAUCAAGACCAAAUUUUGUUAUUGAUUCACCUGAUAAACCAAUAUUAGCUGAAAAAAAUUUAACAUAUACUUCAUCUUUUAGUUGUAAUUCUAAUUUUGAAUUAUCACCAUUAAGAACAAGUGAAACUGGUCCAUUAUUAGAACCAUUAACUCCAGCUAAUCGUUCAUAUAAAUUGCAAAUGCAACAAUUGCAACAGCAACAACAGCAUCAACAACAAUCACAAAUUUCGCAACAACAACCACAAAUCCAACCACAAAUUCCACAACCACAACAUUCUCAUCAUUUAGUUCUUUUCAACAAAUCAAAAACUCCAAAAUCAACUUCAUAUUCUGCAACUACACCAUUAAGAACUUUAAGAACUCCACAAACAAAUUCUAUAAUGAAAAGAUUAUGGAAUAGUCCUUCAUAUUUAGAUGAUUUUUAUUUUAGUCCUUUAAUUAAUCAAGUUCAUCAAAGUAAUUUAGCUACACAACAAUCGAAUCAAAACAGUCAAACAAUUUCUCAACAAACCACUAACAGUAUUACUCAACCGAUUACUCAUUCAUCUUCAUCUUCAUCAUCAUUAACAGCAGUAGCUACAUCAACUCAUCUGAAAUUAAACAAUGUAAUGGGAAAUAAUAACUUAAAUUCUUAUGAUGAUGAUGAUAUGAUUAUGAGAAAUUUACAACAUCCACAAAUUUCAAUACAAUCAAGUCCAAUUUUAAGUAAUUCAAAUAAUGAAUUUUUUAAAUCAAAUUAUUAUGGAUUAAGUAAUUCAAAGACUUUUUCACCUUCAACAAAUUAUCAUUUGAAUUCUAGAAAUAAGAAUUUAAUUCAUGAUUUGAAAAGAGUUGAAAAUGAUGAUUAA